GAAAUACUCGAGACAAAUAUAAUACAUCUGUAUUUUAACACCGUCUUUUUAUAAAACUGAUUCCUGGUCAUCCGCGAUAUUAUAAUGGAGUCAAAAUCGUCGUCACUGUUUUUAGGCUUAGAUUUGAGCACCCAGCAACUAAAAGUUAUUGCAAUUGAUGACAACCUGAGUAUUGUUUUCGAGGAAAGUGUAAUCUUUGAUAAAGACCUGCCACAAUUCCAUACUCAAGAUGGUGUUUGCAGACAUAAGGAUAUGCUAUGUGUGACUGUGCCAACACUUCUUUGGGUCACUGCUUUCGAUCUUUUGUUAAAACGAAUGAAAGAAAAAGGAUUUGAGUUUGAUAGAGUCGUUAGUUUAUCUGGUACAGGACAGCAGCAUGGUAGUGUAUAUUGGAAGUCUGAAAGUGAAAAACUCUUAAAGAAUUUGGAUCCUGAAAAAAGUUUGUCUGACCAGCUAAAGGACUGCUUUGUCGUUGAUGACUCUCCAAUCUGGAUGGAUUCUAGUACAACUGAACAAUGUAAAACAUUAGAGGAGUCUGUUGGUGGUGCGCAAGCACUUGCCAACAUUACUGGUUCAAAAGCUUAUGAAAGAUUCACAGGCAAUCAAAUUGCUAAAAUAUUUCAACAUAAUCCAAAAGCAUAUGACAAAUGUGAGCGCAUUUCCUUGGUAAGUAGUUUCUUGGCAUCCCUGUGCUAUGGUGGUUAUGCACCUAUUGAUUAUAGUGAUGGGUCUGGAAUGAAUCUCAUGAAUAUCUUCACCAAAACAUGGGAGUUAGUUUGCCUCAAUGCUUGUGCUCCAGACCUUAAAGAAAAGCUUGGUGAGUUAGUUUCAUCAUCAAAACAUAUAGGAAAGAUCUCGAGAUAUCUUUCACAGAGAUAUGGCUUUCCUAAAUCAUGUGAUAUUGUUGCAUUUACUGGCGAUAAUCCUGCUUCUCUUGCCGGGGUUUGCUUGAAGAAGACAGACUUAUGUAUUAGUCUUGGAACCAGUGACACUCUCAUGUUGUGGCUUGAUAACCCCAAACCAACAACUAAGGGACAUGUUUUUGUUAAUCCCAUUGAUGAAAGUGCCUACAUGGCUUUAUUAUGUUUUAAAAAUGGUUCCUUGGUUCGUGAGACUAUCCGCAACAGAUGUUGUGAAAGUUCCUGGGAGGAGUUUGAGGAAAGUUUGAGAAACAGUCCACCUGGAAAUAAUGGCAAUAUUGGGAUGUAUUUUCAUGAAACGGAGAUCACACCAUUUGCUCAAGGUACAUAUAGGUUUAACAAUGAUGAUGUUGCUUUGCAGUUCUUUACAAAAGAUGAAGAGAUAAGAGCUUUGGUUGAGGGGCAAUUCUUGGCCAAACGUGUUCAUGCUGAAGCACUCGGCUUUCAUAUCACUGAAGAAACCAGAAUUCUUGCAACUGGAGGAGCAUCCAAGAACAAAGCUAUACUUCAGGUCUUAUCAGACAUAUUUCAUGCCCCAGUGUUCAUCAUACACGGAACUACUAAUUCAGCAUGCUUGGGUUCUGCUUAUCUGGCCUUAUAUGGAGUUUGUGGUCAAAGUAAAGUUGGUUUUCAUGACUUAUUCUAUAAAUCAGAUAAAUAUGAAAUGGCUGUGUUACCAAAUGUUAAAACCAGAGAUAUUUAUGAUAAAAUGGUUAAGCGAUAUAAAUUACUUGAGGAAAAAGUUUCAAAUUGAAAAUGUUCAAAUCUGUACAUGGUUGCAGAAUACGUAAUUAUUGCUGAUAAUGUGAAAUUAUGACUUAUUGGCCAUGCGCAAAGGUACUGGUAAUGAAAAUUAAUCUGAAAGUAAUAGCAUGGAUCUUAAGGCUGAUUUCCAUUCACUGCAAAUUGUCGCGCGAUCACUUUCAUUUCAAUUGUAAGCUCUCAAACGGAACAGUUUCACACUGCAGCAUAUAAUUCAAAAGAAAGUGAUUGCAAAAUUGAGCGCGACAAUUCCACUGAAUGGCAGUCAGCUUACAGCCAAUGAUCUUCGCCAUCUUAGUUAGCGAUGACACAUGCGCAAUACCCUUGCGUCUAGUUACCAUGAAAUCGAUUGUCAAUCAAAGGUUCUAUUUUUGUGCUACAUAAAGGCUGAUUUCCAUUCAGUGCAAAUUGUCGCGCGAUUGAUUUUUGCGAUCACUUUCUUUUGAAUUGUGUACAGCAGUGUGAAGCUGUUCUGGUCGAGAGCUUACAAUUGAACAGAAAGUGAUCGGAAAUAGUCGAUCGCGCGCGACAAUUUGCACUGAAUGGAAAUCAGCCUUUAGCCUGUCUUUGUCUCACUUUUCAUGAAAGAGUAAGUACACGACGGUAAGAAAGCACAAAGUAUAUUAGUGCAUGCAAAUAACAAAGGUUUUUCAUUUUGAAAAUUAAGGCUUUGCACGUGGAUCUGACUGGGUCUAAUAUCACAUUGAAAAGAAUGAAAUUCACAGCAUGAUACACACUGGCACUGAAAUGUGUCAAUGAAAUACUUGGGUCAAUACUUCACUAAAAUGUGUGAGGUUUUGACUUUUUGUCAGUGCACUGGACUGGACAUCAAAUUUAAGAAUUUAUGUGGCCUAAUUUUUUUACCUACAUCUCACUCAACAUUGUUCAUUUGGAAAUAUUGUCGUAAAACUUGAUGCAACCGUACAGUCAGGCAAAUGAAAAUUUGUCUAAUGAAAUUUUCUAAUCCUUGUGAGGUUUUUAUUCAGCAAUAUUAGUUUAAAAACGAUGAGCUCAGACAAACAUGGUAGUUGAAGCACCUGGCGUACGGUCGAGAGUUUUGGAUGAGGACUCCAAUGGGAAACACGAAUGAUUCCAAGCGUGCUGACGCGGAUAAAAUCUCUUUCGAGGACGAGGUUACAAUACAAACACAGUCCACUAAAAACGCCGAAUCUACUGAAGGUAUGUUCAAAAGAAAUAUCGAUGAAUCACAUAUACAGUUUGGAAGCUCGUUGGUUCACGUGGUAUAGUAGUGGGAAAACUGUUCAUGAUGUUGCUGAAGAUGUGUAAAAACAACUACUAGCGUCUUUCCUUUAAGACGAAGAAUCUGAUUUCGAAAGUGAAGAGGAAGCAAUCUCCACAAGUGCACUCUGCAAAAUUUGUGUAUGCAGAUGGGGUAUUGUAAGAAGAGAAUGGAAUGUACUCUAAGGAAUGUACUCUAAGGAAUGUUAUUGAUGAGGGAUAGUACAAGGACCAAUAGAGAAAAAUGCGGCUUCUCUGUGAGAUUGUAGAAAGAUUAGUUCACGUUCAUUCACGAGAAUAAUCAAAAUGACUGUGAUGAUGGAGAUGAGUGUCUUUAUUAUUUGAUGCCUUUUCGUUUCGGCUACGCUGCGAAAAAUUCAAGAGUUCGGAAUGAAUUCGAGGUGUUGGAAAUGCUUGGAAAAGGAGGAUUUGCUUCAGUUGUCAAGGUACGUAAUAAAUUGGACGGCUGUCUCUAUGCGAUCGAAAUAGUUUCUUUGAAUCUGAAAAUUGUGCUGUUUAAUCCCAAAAUUACUCGAGAAGAGAAGUUACUUUCUAGUUUGAAUCAUGAAAAUAUUGUAAGUUGGUCUUUGGCAUGAACUUGAAGAGUUGGUGAAGUUGACUACGAAUGCUCAGAUAUAUUCUCGAUUAGUUUGUGACGGAGCAAGCUCUGAAAUUUGUACUUGUAUAUGCGCUUAGCAAAUUUUCAAACCUAUAUUUUUGGCACGCUCUUUGUACUCUUAAGCUUUUGUAGACAAAUGCAUAUCAAACUCAUCAACACUUUGUUACGCCCCUCGUAAUAUCCGUGACAAGAUGUUACAAUUCGUGGAUUGAAGUAGAAGAAAUACUUGAAAAUGAAACUUUCAACAGUGAAACAAAAUCAAGCACGACAGAGGAGAAACAACGACGCCAGGUUGAAGAUAGCUUGAUGAAAUUGAAAGUAGUUGAAGCACCUAGCGUACACUCGAGCGUUUUGGAUAAGGACUCUUUCACCAAUGGAAACACCAAUAAGAUAAAUAUGAAAUGGCUUUGUUACCAGAUGUUAAAGCCAGAGAUAUUUAUUAUAAAAUGGAUGAGCGAUGUCAGUUACUUGAGCAAAAAGAUUCAAACUGAAAAA